AUGGGCAAAAGAAGCAGGCAGCGACAGAAAAACCAGACUAGUGGAAGAGACAACAGAGACAACGCAGGUUGGGGUGCAGGUUAUGCUGACAUUGUCAAAGAAAACAAGCUUUUUGAGCAUUAUUACAAGAAACUUGGUCUCGUGCCUGAUGAAGAGUUUGAGCAAUUUAUGGAAGCCAUGAGGGAGCCCCUUCCAGCAACCAUUCGUAUUACUGGAUACAAGAGCCAUGCCAAAGAAAUCCUCCACUGUCUGAAAGACAAGUACUUUAAAGACAUUAAGGACUUGGAAAUUGAUGGUCAGACCAUUGAAGCCCCACAACCCUUAAGUUGGUAUCCUGAUGAACAGGCCUGGCACACAAACAUGAGCAGGAAAAUAAUCAGAAAGUCACCACUCUUGGAGAAGUUCCAUCAGUUUUUAGUCAGCGAGACAGAGUCUGGUAACAUUAGUAGACAAGAAGCUGUCAGUAUGAUUCCUCCCCUGCUCAUGAAGAUUGAACCACACCACAAGAUUUUGGACAUGUGUGCUGCUCCAGGGUCUAAAACGACCCAGCUCAUUGAGAUGCUGCAUGCGGACAUGGAUGUGCCUUUUCCGGAGGGUUUUGUCAUUGCCAACGAUGUGGACAACAAGCGCUGCUAUCUGCUUGUGCAUCAGGCUAAACGUCUAAACAGCCCCUGCAUUAUGGUGAUCAACCACGAUGCUUCAUGCAUUCCGACUCUACACAUUACUUCAGAUGGAAAAAGAGACAUCCUCUUCUAUGACCGCAUCUUGUGCGAUGUACCAUGCAGUGGUGACGGUACAAUGAGGAAGAAUAUUGAUGUGUGGAAGAAAUGGACCACAAGCAACAGCCUGCAUCUUCAUGGGCUCCAGCUGCGUAUUGCAGUACGUGGGGUUGAACAGCUGGCAGUUGGAGGCAGAAUGGUCUACUCCACCUGUUCUCUCAACCCCAUAGAGGACGAGGCUGUUAUUGCUGCACUGCUCGAAAAGAGUGAAGGAUCACUAGAGCUUGUGGAUGCCUCAGCUGAUCUUCCAGGUCUCAAGUGGAUGCCUGGUGUCACUUCUUGGCAGCUGAUGACAAAAGACGGAACAUGGUUUUCAGACUGGUCUGUAGUUCCUACUUGUCGGCACACACAAAUCCGACCAACCAUGUUCCCACCUAAAGACCCUGAGUUGUUGGCCAGCAUGCAUUUGGAAAGAUGUAUGAGGAUUUUGCCUCAUCAUCAAAAUACAGGGGGCUUCUUUGUGGCUGUUCUGUUAAAGAAAGCUCCAAUGCCAUGGAACAAAAGAUUUCCUAAGGUAAGAAAGGAGGUCUCCACAGCCCCCUCCUCCUCCCCAAUCACUAUCCCUGAGAGCACUGCCGCUGAUAUGGAGGACGAGUCUGAGACAACAGAGGAGCCACAAGCAGAAGGAGAGGCACCCAAAGAGGCUGCAGUGGCCCAGGAGACCAGUGCUAAACAAGAGGGAGUGUGUGGACCUCCACCAAAUAAGAAGAUGAAGCUUUUUGGGUAUAAGGAAGACCCCUUUGUGUUCCUAACAGAAGAUGAUCCGGUGUUCACAACCAUACAAUCUUUUUACGACCUAUCUCCAGACUUUCCCAAAUUAAACGUUUUAACCAGGACUCACGACGGCAAGAAGAGGCACUUGUACAUGGUGUCCAAGGAGCUGCGCAAUGUGCUUCUCAACAACAGCGAGCGCAUGAAGGUCAUAAAUACUGGAGUAAAGGUGUGGUCUCGGAACAGUGACGGAGAGGAGUUUGGCUGUGCUUUUAGAUUAGCCCAAGAGGGUAUUUACAGCGUCCAGCCUUACAUUCGCUCCAGGAUGAUCACGGUGAACGUGGAAGACGUCAAGGUGCUAUUAACGCAGGAGAACCCCUUCCUUAGCAAACUACAAGAUGAUGCUCAUGCUCAGGCCAAGAAGAUCGGAAUGGGAAGCAUAGUGCUGAAGUAUAUUCCAAACCCCAAUAACCCCUCAGAGCCACAGUGUCCUAUCCAGCUGUGCGGGUGGAGAGGAAAAACGUCAAUCCGCGCUUUUGUUCCCCGCAACGAGAGAUUCCAUUACCUUCGGAUGUUGGGGGUCGAGGUGUUCCGAGACAAACAGGGCCAGGGGCAGAAACACGGGGAUGGAGAAAAGGAGGAAAAGGGACUGGAGGAGGAGACCGGGGAGGAUCUGGACUCAAAGGACCACGAUGUAAAAGAAACGGAACCAAAGUCUGAAAAUGGUGAUCCAGUGAAAAGCUGA